AGAUUUGAUGCACUGGUAGAACCAGCCCUUGAUGUGUUUACAAUUAUUGUAGACCUUGAUGAUGUGCAGUUAGAAUUUGAAUUAAGACCAAUUACAUAGAUGCUUUUUAUACAGGGCCUUUUUUGAAAACAUAAAAAAGGAAUCACUGUAUUUUCUUUUCUUUUUACUUUUGAGACGUCAGUUUUUGUAAGGGAAUCUUAAACUUGAUCUGCAGCAUUCACAGGAUGAGAGGAAUUAUUACAUUUUACGUAUCCUAUUUGCUGUGCGUGGUGUUGGGGAUUGCUUGUGUGGUACUGGUAGCUCACUGGAAUUACAGCUAUCAAGGUGGAUUUGCGUGGGAUGGCUCAGCCAAGCAAUUCAACUGGCACCCUGUCUUUAUGGUCACUGGACUGGUUGUUCUUUAUGGAAAUGCGGCCGUAGUGUACCGUAUUCCACUGACUUGGGGUCAGAAUAAGCUCCCAUGGAAGCUGUUACAUGCUGGACUUCUGCUUCUGUCUCUAAUUCUGUCUGUUAUCGGGCUUUGUGCAGUGUUUGACUACCACAACACAAACCACACACCCAACCUCUAUUCUCUCCAUAGCUGGGUGGGGAUUUGUACCACUGCACUCUUCACAGCACAGUGGGUCAUGGGUUUCACUGCAUUCCUUUUACCAUGCACUCCAAUGGUAGCACGCUCUCUUAUAAAGCCAACUCAUGUUUGGAUGGGAGGAAUUAUCUUGGUACUUAGCAUUGUGUCCUGCAUCUCAGGGAUCAACGAGAAGCUCUUUUUUGCACUAAAAGCAAACACCAAUGGGACACUGCCUUAUUCCAAGUUACCUCCAGAGGCAAUAGUGGCAAAUUCUUUGGGAAUUAUCAUUGUGGUGUUCGGAUUGGUUGUUUUGAAAAUCUUAUCCAAUCAGAUAUGGCAACGUCCUGAACCAGGCUAUGAUGAGGGAGUUUACAGGCCACUGGCAUAUGAUGGAAGCUGAUGUCUUGAAUCUGAAAACUCAAUAUUUAUUUGCAUUUUGACUAAGCUGCACUCUUCAGUGGCCCCUGAAGUACAUCACUGGUCAUUUCUUUGUACUGCUAGGACAAGCAUUUAAAAUGUUUGCUUUAUUAUGUAUUAUUUCAUACAUAUUGUUGUGCUGCUGUUUUUGUUUAAUAUGUUGUGAAUAAUAAGGCAAAUCAUCAUAUAUGAUCACUGCUGUUUGCUAGUUCAUGCUAAUUUAAUACUUGAGAACUUGUACAAUGUGUGAUUAAAAUAAUUUUUUGAAACGUU